UCUCCCUUCCCUUCUCCUUCCUCGCGCCACAAUGGUCUACACAACCCCCUCUCUCUCUUCUCCUUCUCUCUCCUCUCUCCCCAUCCGAUGUCUCCACCUUCACCCCACCACCUCCUCCUAAAUAUCCUUGUUUUCCUUGUCCUCCCACCUCUCCGUCUUGCGUCCUCCUCCUUUCCCCUCCCCACCAUCGCCAUCGCCGCCGUCGGCGCCAACACCACCUCCUCGCAGCACCUCGCGUGUGCGCUCGUCCCCUGGGGGACGGACUACCAGCUCUCCUGCGCCAGCAUCGCCAACCGCUCCGCCCCCGCCCACAACUACUCCUACGGAGGCGACGGCAGCACGCCGUUCUCCGCCAUCGUCGCCGGCGAUGGGUACCUAUGCUCCGCCGGCCCGACGGCAUCGCUGGAAAUGUCCAUGCGAUGGUGGGGCCUGACCGACAGCGAGGCGCCGUCCAAAAGGGUGUACAGGGGCGCGGCGCUGUCCGCGGUGUCGGGCGGCGGGGAGUACGUGUGCGGGCUCGUGGAGAAGACGAUACAGUGCUGGAGGUGGGCGUGGGGGGUGGUGCCGGAAGGCGUGGGGUUCUCGGCGGUGGCGGUAGGCGGAGGGUUCGUGUGCGGGCUGGUGGUGGGGACCGCCGAGGUUAGGUGUUACGGUGACUGGGACGCGGUGGGGCGAGAGCCGAAGGGUAUGCACGCCAUGCUGGCCGCGGGGGAGAGACACGCGUGCGCCGUGAAUGCGGGGAGCGGUGAGGUGGUGUGCUGGGGAGAGGCGGCGGCGGUGGCGUCCGCGGCGCCGUCACCGAAGGUAGUGGGGCGUGCGGUGUCGUCGCUGGCGGUGGGCGACGCGGUCACGUGCAUCCAGUGGGAAAACUGGACUGUGGCGUGCUGGCCGGAGGAGGCGUCGCCGCCGUCGCCUGUGGCGCAGAAGCAGUUCGUCGCGCUGGAGGCCAAGGGGAAGGUGGUAUGCGGGGUGCUCAUGUCGGACUAUUCGCUGGUGUGCUGGGGCGGUGGCGUCGCGGGCGGGGUGAGCAAGGUGUUCGACCGGGUCCUGCCGGGCCCAUGCGCGAUGUCGGGGUCGUGCCCGUGCGGCGUCUGGUCGGGCUCAGCGCCUCUCUGCGGCGGCGAAGGCGGCGCUGCCAUCUGCUACCCUUGCGGCUACACUCCACCGCCGAUACCUAUUUCGAACUCGUCGGCGUCAAGCUCUCACUCGGGGGAGAAGCGGCGGCCGAGCGAACUGGCGAUCGCGUUGGUCUGCACCGGAAUCGGCUCGGGACUCCUGGCCGUCUUCGCCGCGGUGGUGGCAGUUUAUUUCCUGCGCCGGCGCCGGAGUAGCCGCUCUCAGGACUCCGGACGGAUCCACGCCGCGCCGCGCGUGGAGCGGCGGCUCAGCGCGCUGCUCUCCAAGGGGCCGAACACGACGGUGGAGCAGUUCCCCCUGGUGGCGCUCCGGGCCGCCACGGGCGGCUUCUCGCCGUCCCACCGCAUCGGCUCCGGCAGCUUCGGCGUCGUGUACCGCGCGUCCCUCCCCGACGGCCGCGAGUUCGCCAUCAAGCGCGCGGAGCGCCGCGACCCCCGCGCCGCGUCCUCCUCCGCUGCCGCGCGCCGCGUGAACCACGAGUCGGCCUUCGUCUCCGAGCUCGCUCUCCUCUCCCGCGUGAACCACAAGAACCUAGUCCGCCUCCUCGGCUUCUGCGCCGACGGCGGGGAGCGCAUCCUCGUCUACGAGUUCAUGCCCAACGGCACCCUCCACGACCACCUCCACAAGCGCCCCGCCCCGCUCUCCCCGCCGCUCGCGUCCUGGCCGGCGCGCCUCCGCCUCGCCCUCGGCGCCGCGCGCGGCAUCGAGUACAUGCACACCUACGCUGUGCCGCCCAUCAUCCACCGCGACAUCAAGUCCCCCAACAUCCUCCUCGACGCCUGCUGGACCGCCAAGGUCGCCGACUUCGGCCUGUCGCUGCUCAACGACCUGAGCGGCGAUGGCGACGGCAAUGCCGGCGACGACGAGCCCUGCGUGACGGCCGGCACAGUGGGGUACAUGGACCCGGAGUACUACCGGCUGCAGCAACUUACGGACAAGAGCGACGUGUACAGCUUCGGGGUGGUGCUGCUCGAGCUGCUCUCCGGGUGUAAGGUGAUACAGAGGUUCGAGGGGAGCGGCACGCCCAAGAACGUCGUGGAUGUCACAGUGCCGCACAUCGAGGCGGACCUCGUUCACCGGGUGCUCGACAUCCGGCUGCCGCUGCCGACGCCGGGGGAAAUGGAGGCCGUCGCCUACGUCGGGUACCUGGCCGCGGACUGCGUCAGGCCGGCCGGGCGCGACCGACCCACCAUGAGCGAGGUGGUCGGCGUGCUCGAACGGGCCCUGGCAGCAUGCGAGGAGCAGGAGGACGGCGGCGACGCAGUGCUGUCGAGGUCGUGCACAGAUGGGUCGACGACGACGUGACGUGGCAUGUGGAGGCAUGCCAUGCCACUGCAUGGUUGGCUUCCAUGGUGGCAAGAACACGAGGGAGUUCUUGAGGAUAUCCUUUUCUUCAUUUCCCCCCUAAUCUUGUAGUUAUUUACUAUUGUAAUUGAUAGUAUUAGGUACAUUCAUUAAAAAAAAUAGAAUGGAAAUAUAGUUGGCCUUUUUUAGAGAUGUUUUAGGUGAGGCAACUCUCCCAUUGCCACAGUUUGGUCUUAUUUUCUAGUCUUGUGAGGUCUCACUAGGUUUGAUCGUUUUACAAUCAAAUGUAGUGCCAAAAUAGCUGAAUAUAAUGUUCAACUAGUUGCAGAAUUUCAGCUUGCAAGUACCAGAGGAAAAAUAAUAAUAAGAUGCUAAAAUGCAUGUAACACUCAUAGACGCAACAAUAGAUAAAAACACUACGCAUACUCCCUCUCUUUUACUUGUUGCUUCCGACAUUGGCACAGUCUGUCAUACGAUAUAUGACCGACUGGUAAAAAAAGAUGAAAUAGUCCGGAAGUGGUUUUGAUGCUAAAUCUAUUAACAUCGCCUCCGUACGGCAAUUCUAAAUACAAUUCUAGCGGGGUCAAGGUUUUAAUAUUCCAGUUGUAUAAGUUCUAGGAUCAUAUUUAUUUUGCACCGAAAAAUUAAUAUUCCAAUUUCGGUGACGUCCUCCAUGACAUAUACGCGACUGCUUGAGGUUUGCAGCAAUAGUUUAUCUGACCAAUUAAGCUCACAGCACAAGCAAACCAACUGCGGUUGCCAUUUCUCAUGUAUUAUGACACAUUGGCUAAACAAGCCUAUCACUGAUUAUUUAUUUUAGAAUUCCUGGCAGCUCAGUACCGUUGUACCAUCCUACUACCAAUACUCUGCAAUUCUAGUACCAGUUGGUGUGCAGUAG